CAUUAGUUCUAAAUUAGUAUGUCAUUCGUUUUUUGCACAGUUUAAACUUUGGAAUUGAUCCAGUAGGUGCAGAAUUUAAGCUUUGAAGUGAAAGGUCUAUUUUUUAAGUAACUAUCCAAUUUUAGAGUAAAAAAUGCGUGAAUGUAUAUCUAUACAUGGCGGACAAGCUGGAGUGCAAAUUGGUAACGCUUGCUGGGAAUUGUACUGUCUAGAACAUGGCAUCCAGCCUGACGGACAGAUGCCCUCUGACAAGACCGUCGGUGGCGGCGAUGACUCGUUCAAUACAUUCUUCAGUGAGACCGGUGCAGGCAAGCAUGUUCCUCGGGCAGUGUUCAUAGACCUCGAGCCUACCGUAGUAGAUGAGGUGCGUACAGGAACUUACCGUCAAUUAUUUCACCCGGAACAGCUGAUCACGGGUAAAGAAGAUGCUGCCAACAACUACGCUCGAGGGCAUUACACCAUCGGCAAAGAGAUUGUGGACUUGGUGCUUGACAGGGUCCGAAAACUAGCAGACCAAUGCACCGGUUUGCAAGGAUUUCUCAUUUUUCACUCCUUUGGAGGCGGUACCGGCUCCGGUUUCGCAUCCCUGCUAAUGGAACGACUGUCCGUUGAUUAUGGUAAAAAGUCUAAAUUAGAAUUCGCGAUCUACCCAGCCCCGCAGAUUUCAACCGCCGUCGUGGAACCUUACAACUCUAUCUUAACAACACAUACAACGUUGGAACAUUCUGAUGCCGCCUUUAUGGUGGACAACGAAGCUAUCUAUGAUAUUUGCAGGAGGAACUUGGACAUUGAGAGACCUACAUACACUAAUCUAAAUCGUCUGAUUGGUCAAAUUGUAUCGUCCAUCACUGCGUCCUUAAGGUUUGACGGUGCCCUGAACGUCGAUUUAACGGAGUUCCAGACAAAUUUGGUACCUUACCCACGUAUUCAUUUCCCCCUCGUAACGUAUGCUCCUGUUAUCUCCGCUGAAAAAGCGUACCAUGAACAACUAUCUGUAGCGGAGAUAACUAAUGCGUGCUUCGAACCUGCAAACCAGAUGGUGAAAUGUGACCCGAGACAUGGCAAGUACAUGGCGUGCUGUAUGCUUUACCGCGGGGACGUAGUUCCAAAAGAUGUUAAUGCUGCUAUUGGGACUAUCAAGACAAAGAGAACUAUUCAGUUUGUUGAUUGGUGUCCGACUGGCUUCAAAGUGGGUAUAAACUAUCAACCUCCCACCGUGGUGCCUGGUGGUGACUUAGCUAAGGUACAGCGCGCAGUCUGCAUGUUGUCAAAUACCACCGCCAUAGCUGAAGCGUGGUCGCGUCUCAACCAUAAGUUUGAUCUGAUGUAUGCAAAGCGAGCAUUUGUCCAUUGGUACGUCGGCGAAGGUAUGGAAGAAGGAGAGUUCUCGGAGGCUCGUGAAGAUCUGGCUGCACUCGAAAAGGAUUAUGAAGAAGUCGGUAUGGACUCUGGAGAAGGCGAAGGCGAGGGCGGUGAAGAGUAUUAAUAAUGAAUUUGUAACGAUUUACUUUUAGGUCAUUUUCGUUUUAUUAGGUCUAAAAAAUGUUAAUGUUUGGUCUUUUUAAGGAAAAAUUAAAAAGUGUAACUGUC